AUGUCGAAGGCCGUGUAUAUCUCGCCCAUUGAUGGCAAGCCCGGCAAGCCGGGCCAGGUCUACUAUCCCCUUACCUUGCGCACCCUGGCCCAGCCUUCCCCGCAAGGGCGAGAGCUGCUCGUCAAGCUGACCGCCGCCUCACUCAACCACCGCGACCUCUUCCUCCGCCAACACCUGUACCCCGGUGUGACAUUCGACGUUCCUCUUCUGGCUGAUGGGGUUGGUUUCGUGGUUGACGCCGGUCCCAAUGUGUCGAAUCCCGACAAAUGGCAGGGCAAGCGGGUGAUUUUGAACCCCGGCGUCGGCUGGAAAGACUCCCCCGACGGACCGGAGGAGGAGACUGGAUACCGGAUCAUGGGAGGGACAAAGGUCUACGAUAAGGGGACUCUCCAGGAGUACAUCACCAUUGACGAGUCGGAAGUCGAGGAGGCACCCGCACAUCUCUCCGACGCGGAGGCGGCUGCUCUACCCCUCACAGGAUUGACUGCAUGGCGAGCUCUGGUCUCCAAGGCUGGCGACAAGAAUUCUAAAGAUGGCGCUGCUGUCUUGAUCACAGGUAUUGGCGGCGGUGUCGCAUUGAUGGCGCUCCGCUUUGCGGUUGCUCGCGGUGCUCAUGUCUUCGUGACGAGCUCCAGCCAGGAGAAGAUUCAGAAGGCAAUUGAGCUGGGGGCUGCUGGCGGCGUGAACUACAAGGAGGAGGGUUGGGAUAAGAAGUUACUGGGCAUGCUUCCCUCUGGCAAGAGGAACUUUGAUGCUAUCAUCGACGGUGCUGGUGGAGAUUCGGUUGAGAAGGCUGCUCGGCUGCUCAAGGCCGGCGGUGUCCUCUCUGUCUACGGCAUGACCGUCUCUCCGAAGAUGCCGUUCACGAUGUCGACUGUCCUCAAGAACAUUGAUGUUCGCGGCUCCACGAUGGGCUCCCGAAAGGAGUUUAAGGAAAUGGUCGACUUUGUGACCGCUGAAAAGAUUCACCCUGUUAUUUCGCGAGUGCUGAAGAUUGAAAUUGAUGACCUCGCAGCCAUCGAUGAGCUCUUUGAGGAUAUGAAGCAGGGCAAGCAAUUCGGAAAACUGGUGAUCAACUUUGGCAAGCCUGUGGGCAGCAAGCUGUAA